CCACCUCUGAGAAAGGGGAAGUAACUCAAAAGCACCUCCUGGCUGCUUUUCAAGCUAAGGUGAGCUUGAAAUUUAAAAAUUUGAGUGAAAUUUUCCCAGAGAAAGAGAAGGAAUUUUGAGUGAAUUCUUAAGAAAUUAGCAUAGGAUUGACUCCACAAAGUUUGUGUAAUUUAUCAAUGCCUUUUUUUCCAGUGCAUGAUGCCCCGAGACAGCAAAUGUCCAACAGCAGCUCCAUCAGCCACUUCCUCCUGCUGCCAUUGGCAGACACGAGGCAGCUGCAGCUCCUGCACUUCUGCCUCUUCCUGGGCAUCUCCCUGGCUGCCCUCCUGGGCAACGGCCUCAUCAUCAGCGCCGUAGCCUGCGGCCACCACCUGCACACCCCCAUGUUCUUCUUCCUGCUCAACCUGGCCCUCACUGACCUGGGCUGCAUCUGCACCACUGUGCCCAAAGCCAUGCACAAUUCCCUCUGGGACACCAGGAACAUCUCCUACUCAGGAUGUGCUGCACAGGUGUUUUUCUUUAUGUUCUUCAUUUCAUCAGAGUAUUUCCUCCUGACCAUCAUGUGCUACGACCGCUACGUGUCCAUCUGCAAACCCCUGCACUACGAGACCCUCCUGGGCAGCAGAGCUUGUGCCCACAUGGCAGCAGCUGCCUGGGCCAGUGGCUUUCUCAAUGCUCUGUUGCACAUGGCCAAUACAUUUUCCCUGCCCCUGUGUCAUGGCAAUGUCCUGGGCCAGUUCUUUUGUGAAAUCCCUCACUUCCUCAAGCUCUCCUGCUCCAAAUUCUAUCUCAGGGAACUUGGGCUCCUUGCUCUUACUGCCUGUUUAGCACUUGGUUGUUUUGUGUUCAAUGUUUUCUCCUAUGUGCAGAUCUUCAGGGUUGUGCUGAGGAUCCCCUCUGAGCAGGGACGGCACAAAGCCUUUUCCACCUGCCUCCCUCACCUGGCUGUGGUCUCCCUGUUCCUCAGCACUGCAGUGUUUGCCUACCUGAAGCCCCCUUCCAUCUCCUCCCCAUCCCUGGAUCUGUCCCUGUCAGUUCUGUACUCGGUGGUGCCUCCAGCCCUGAAUCCCCUCAUCUACAGCCUGAGGAACCAGGAGCUCAAGGCUUCAAUGAGGACAAUGAUGAUUGUAUGGUUCCAGAAAAAGCAAACUACUUGCCUGAUUCCAAAAAUCAGUUGUAAUAAAAGUCCUAUUUGA